AUGGCAGGUCAAGGAGGUUCUACUCCUCUAAAAAGGGAUGGUUCCGGAGGAGCACAAUUUAAUCAUUUCAUCUCGCAAUCGAAUCCUUCUUCAUUGUUUCGAUCACCUCAGCAAACCCAUUCAUCUGCCUUCUUCCUACCAGGAGCUUCAAAUCAAGAAUACCAUGAAGAGCCCCACCAUGGACUGUUACAAAAUAAGACCUUCCAUGGACUAAUGCAACUACUUGAACUUCAAAGCAGUACAAGUAAUUCCUCUUCUUCUGCAGCUGCAGCUGCUGCCAAUCUCUUCAAUCUCAGCUUUUUUUCCAAUAGCAGCAUCAAUAAUAGCAACAAUGUCAACAAUAACAACAGUCAAUUGUCCUCUUCUGGGUUACUAAUUCCUGAACAGUUCAAUGGAAAUGCUGGUGGAGAAGGAAAUUCCCUCUUUUCUUCUAACCUAAUGGGUGAUCACAUUGGGUCAAGUGUCUCUUCUCUUUACAACAAUUCAGUACAAAAUGAAGUUGUUAUUCCUCAAAUGUCUGCAACAGCUUUGCUUCAAAAAGCUGCUCAAAUGGGUUCAAGAGCAAGCAGUGGAAGUGUUUCUUUGCUUAGAGGUUUUGGCAGUUCUUCAUUAAGUGGUCCUAAAUCUGACAGGUCUCACUUGACUGCUAAUUUUAGGGCUAAUUUUGGAGGUGGUGGGGGUGAAACAUUGUCAAAGAUGGAAAAUGAAAAUCAUCUCCAAGAUCUAAUGAAUUCUCUAGCAAAUGGUGGCUCCUCCAUUUUUGGAGAUGCUUCAGGAGGAAUCCCUACCUUUGGAGUGAAUUGUAAUAGUGGUGGACAUGAACAAGAGACCAAUUUUGGAAACAUGGAAGAACCCAAGUUGCAUCAAAAUCUUACAGUGAUUCUUGGAGGAUCUGAUAGGUUAACAAGAGACUUCUUAGGUGUUGGAGGGAUGGUAAGGAGCAUGGGAGGUGGGUUAUCACAAAGAGAACAACAUGGUAUUGAUAUCAGUUCCCUGGAUCCAGAAAUGAAGUCGGGUUCUGGUUGAUCCUUUGGAGGCGGCGCUAAUCAUCUUCAGUAAAGAUGAUCUUGGCAGAUAGAAAGAAAAAUAAAAUUUAGGUAAGUGACUCAAAAACCUUGUCAAUUUGCUUUGGGGAAGGGGAGAAACUGUGACGUUUUUGCUUAAUAGUACUCUCAAAGUACAUGUGCUUAUAAGUUCUUCCCUUUAAACCUCUUUCUGUGAGUAGCUGUUUUGAUUAUAGAUGGUGAUGAACUGAGAAUAGUUGCUUUUAUUU